GGGAUAAGGGGGAUUGUCAAAGGGGUGAAAGGUUGGAGGAAUAGAAUGGGUGGAAAGGAGAUAAUCAACUUGAAAUACUCUGCGGGGAGGAAACCGUAUGCUGCUUCAGCUUCUGUUUCGGCCAAAUACGAAAUCACGCCGGAUAACAGGUUUGAGGAAUUGGAAUAUUGCAAUGAAUCCGUUGACGCUAGUGAAGCGUAUUCAAAAUAUUAAUGCAAAAGAAGCAUCUUUAGGGAUCUCCGAUCAGGCAUCCUGGCAUGCUAGAUACAAAGAUUCAGCUUAUGUAUUUGUUGGCGGAAUUCCUUUUGACCUCACUGAAGGUGAUCUCCUAGCUGUUUUCGCCCAGUAUGGGGAGGUUGUUGAUGUCAAUCUUGUUAGAGAUAAAGGUACUGGCAAGUCAAAGGGUUUUGCUUUUGUUGCUUAUGAGGAUCAAAGGAGUACGAAUCUCGCUGUGGAUAACUUAAACGGUGCUCAGAUCCUGGGUAGAAUAAUCAGAGUCGAUCAUGUUACCAACUAUAAAAAGAAAGAAGAAGAGGAUGAAGAGACAGAGAGGAAAAAGAGGGAGGAGCGAGGGGUCUGUCGUUCUUUCCAGAGGGGUGAAUGCAAUCGUGGUGCUGCUUGCAAGUUCUCUCACGAUGAGAAGAGAGCUGCAAACACAGGUUGGGGUGCUGAGGAAGAUCGAAGUUUGAGAUGGGCCCAUGAUAAAGCUGAAGAUUCUAAGAAGGAUGGAAGAUCUGGCCAAUGGGGUCGGCCUCCUCGGCCUGACUACAAGGAAGAGGUCAAAGUCUCUGAUAAAGAUCCAAGAAAUUCUAAAGCAAAAAUUACUGAUGUAGAAAGGCAUGAGCAGAGAGAUUCAACUGCAAGAGAUCAUUAUAAGAGAGAUUCAACUGCAAGAGAUCACUAUAAGAGAGAUGUCGAGCAGCACAGGUCAGAGCGGAAGGAAAAGGGAAGUAAUUACAAAGAAGAUGAUCUGGAUAGGUCACAUGUGGAGAGAAGAUCUAGGCGGUAUGAUGAUGUACAAGACUCGGGGGAAGCUAUUGGGAGAAAAUCUAGGAGGCAUGAUGAUGUGAUCUCAAAGGAAUACGAUGAUAGGAAAGACGAAAGAAGACAAAAAAGAUAUGAAUCUGAAUCUUAUCAUACAGAAAAAAGAGAAAGCAGGGAAAUGGAGAAACGAUCUCGCCUCCACCGUGAUGGACGGGAUGAAGAAGAUCGGAGGCAAAGAUCACAUAGAUGAUGGUCCCCUGAUUUUUGACUUCAGCUUUAUGCCUUGCACUGGUGCUUAGAUGACUACUGAAUUGUAUUAAAUUUUGCUACUUCAGUUCCAAUUUCAAGUACAAUGCCAUAUCUGACGGCCAAGGUGAUCUACCUAUAUACAUGAAAGAGCUGUCUCAGAAAGGGGCCACCUGAAUCGGAAUCUCGGCCUCUUGUGCUCUAUACAAGGGAUGGCGAGUAUUAGCAUCUCAAAUAUCUCGGUGCAAUUAAAGGUGUUGCUGGAAGGAUACAAGUUGCCAUUUACUGUACUUAUAAGCUGAUUCUCCAUUUUGGCUUGAAAGAACAAAAUAUUCCGUUACAUUUGAUUUGGUAUUCUUAAAGUUUCCAUGAAACUCAACUUCUUCGAACGUGAGAUCCCAUUUUGACCUGUCACAACGUUGUAGAACUUGACAAUUCACUAAUUUUCAGCGCGAUACCUAUUAGCUUUA